AUGUUUGUACCCGUGUUUCAUGGUGCCAUAUCCACCUUACUCGGUAUCGUAAUGUUGGUCUUCUCCGAGUUUGACUUCGUUAUCAAGUACUUCUUCGUUGUGAUGACGAUGUUAGUGCUUUUGGCGGUAUUCAACGGUCUAUGCCUGUUACCAGUGAUGUUAACACUUAUUGGACCGGAGCCAGAGCUGGUGCCACUGGACGGCUCGUGCCGAUUACCAGCGCCACCUCCACUGAGUGAACAGAAGAAGAAGAAAGCUGCCAUGGGAAUUGAAAGCGGGUUAAGGCAUCGGAAAGGAGCCGAUGUCGAAAUGUCGGCGAAAAGGGCUCGCAACGAUGAUGAUGAAUCUCCGAAAAAGCUCUAG